CUUUAUGACUUAUGACAUAAGUCCUAUAGUCUGUGAAUUUAUAAUGAUAACAAUUGAGUUCUUUCAACGAAUUACGAAAUUCUCUAACGACCGGUUGACGUAAUCGUGGUGGCCGGCUUUUCAGUUUUAAUAUAAUUCUCGUCAUGUAAAAAGAGAGUUUUGUACUAAAAUUUAUUUUAGGUACACUUGAGUUCGUUUUACAAGCACAAAAGCAAAUGUAAGUAACAUAUGUCUCGUUUGGAUCUCGUGAUAUUUGGCGCGACGGGCUUCACGGGGAAGCAUGCCGCAAUGGAGAUGUGCCACAUCGUCAAGAAGUAUCCUGGCAUGAGUUGGGGAGUGGCGGGUCGCUCAGAGGGCAAACUCAACAACUUGCUGAAAGAAGUAUCCAAGAAAGUCGACGAGGACUUGUCGUCGGUGAAGGUGAUAACAGCGGAGUUGUCGGACGAGGCCUCUCUCAAGGCGAUGACGGCCCAGGCCCGCGUGCUGGUCAACUGUUGCGGGCCUUACUACCUGUACGGGGAGCCUGUCGUCAAGGCCUCUAUAGACACCAAGACACACUACGUGGACGUCAGCGGGGAGCCGCAGUUCAUGGAGAGAAUGCAGCUGGUGUACGGGUCGGCGGCGCGCGAGGCCGGCGUCUUCAUUAUCAGCGCCUGCGGCUUCGACAGCAUCCCCAACGACCUCGGUGUCAUCUUCCUGCAGCAAAAUUUCGGAGGUACCUUGAACAGCGUGGAGUCCUACCUGUCAGGAGAGGUGCCUCCCGAACACAGCGGGGGCGGAGUCGUCAACUACGGGACCUGGGAGUCGCUUGUACACGGGAUGUCGCACCACAACGAGCUGCCGGCGCUCAGGAAGAAACUGUACCCUGAGAAACUACCCACGUACAGACCCAAACUAAAGCCCAGAUUCGUGAUCCAUCGGCGCGGCGGCUGGUGCCUGCCGUUCCCGGGCUCCGACUCGUCGGUGGUGUUCCGUACACAGAGACAGCUCCAUGCCGAGGGUUCGCGCCCGGCCCAGGUCCGCACGUACGUGAGGCUGCCGUCGCUGGUGUCGGCGCUGAUCACCAUGUUUGUGGCGAGCGUGGUGUUUCUCAUGAGCAAGCUGUCCUUCACCCGCUCGUUGCUGCUCGCGUACCCGGAGCUGUUCUCGCUGGGCGCGGUCCGCCGCGGACCCUCCGAGGACGCUAUACGGAACACCAGGUUCAGGUUCGAGCUGUACGGAGAGGGAUGGAGCGGUGACAGCGGAUCCCCGCCGGACAAGAAGAUGACUGUCAGGGUGUCGGGAGUCAACCCCGGCUACGGCGCCACGGUCCACGCCCUGCUGCACUCCGCCAUCACCAUACUCAGGCACAGGGACCGGAUGCCGGCGCAGGCGGGCGUGCUGACUCCCGGGGCGGCGUUCCGGAACACAGACCUCAUACAGCGACUCUGCGACCACGGCCUGCUGUUCGAGGUCGUCCGCGACCAGUGACGUCACGCUGUAUAAUAAUAUCCCGACUCCCCUCUCCUGUGACGUGGGCGACGGACGCUCACGGAAUGUGGUGCUCGCAUUGUUCUGUAAAUGGUGUAAGGUCUCUUGUUAAAUAAAUGUAUCUCAUUUUA